AGCUCCAGGCGCCGCCCGUGGUCUGCUCUGCUCACGCUCCACGCCCAUCCGGCCAAGCCCUUGCUGGUUCGCCGUCGCGGGAGAAAGGAGAAGAAAGGAGGAUGGCGGCUGCAGCCGCCGCGAGCAUGGGGGUGGUGCGGGAGGUCCUGGGCCCCGACGUCGUCGAGGAGGUGGACCAGCCCAUCAUCGACUACAUCGCCAACGUCCUCGCCGACGAGGACUUCGACUUCGGCGCCCCCGAUGGGCACGGCAUCUUCGAAGCGCUUGGAGAGCUCCUCAUCGACUCCGGAUGCGUCUCCGGCCAGGACCACUGCCUCCAGGUCUGCAGUAAGCUUUGUGAAAAGUUUGGAAAGCAUGGUCUGGUGAAACCCAAACAAGCUAUGCGUAGUCUUGUUACACCGUUACGUAUGAAUGCGGGGAUGGACGAGGAUGUCGCUCCGAAAAAGCAACCAGAAGUAUUUGAGGGACCAUUGCUAUCUUCACGCGAUAAAGCCAAGAUUGAACGGAAAAAAAGAAAGGAUGAGAGGCAAAGAGAGGCACAAUACCAAAUGCAUGUCGCAGAGAUGGAGGAACUUAGGGCUGGAAUGCCUCCUGUUUAUGUAGAUCAUAGUAAUGAUGGUGGCCCAGCUGUUAGGGAUAUACAUAUGGAGAACUUCAGUGUCACUGUUGGUGGCCGUGAUCUUAUUCAAGAAGCCACUAUAACACUUGCCUUUGGAAGGCACUAUGGCCUUGUUGGAAGAAAUGGUACUGGGAAGACAUCUUUUCUCAGAGCUAUGGCGAUGCAUGCAAUUGAUGGUAUUCCCAAAAACUGUCAGAUAUUGCAUGUUGAGCAAGAGGUUGUGGGUGAUGACACCACGGCUUUGCAGUGUGUUCUGAAUGCUGAUGUUGAACGAGUUCAACUUCUGCAGGAAGAGGCCCGCCUGGUUCAACAACAGAAAGACCUAGAGAUUGAGGUUGAGUUCGGGGAAGGCUCGGGCAAGAGCAAGGUUGAUCUCGACAAAGAUUCUAUUAGCAAGAGGCUUGAGGAGAUAUAUAAACGGCUCGAGUUCAUCGAUGCAGAUGCUGCAGAGGCUCGUGCGGCAUCAAUUUUGGCGGGUCUUAGUUUCACUCCAGAAAUGCAACGCAAACGUACAAAAGAGUUUUCUGGUGGAUGGCGCAUGAGAAUAGCUCUAGCACGUGCUCUGUUCAUUGAGCCUGAUUUACUACUUCUUGAUGAGCCGACAAACCAUCUUGAUCUCCACGCUGUGUUAUGGCUAGAAACAUAUCUCCUGAAGUGGCCAAAGACAUUUAUUGUUGUAUCGCAUGCUAGGGAGUUUUUGAAUACGGUUGUCACCGACAUUCUUCAUCUACAUGGUAGAAAGCUACAUGCUUACAAAGGUGACUAUGACACGUUUGAGAGGACAAGGGAAGAGCACCUUAAGAAUCAGCAGAAAGCCUUUGAAACAAAUGAGAAGGCCAGAUCCCACAUGCAGGCAUUCAUUGACAAGUUCCGGUACAAUGCAAAGAGAGCAUCGCUUGUUCAAUCAAGAAUCAAGGCAUUGGAGCGAAUGGAACAUGUUGACGCUGUUGUCAGUGAUCCAGACUAUAAAUUUGAGUUUCCAACCCCAGAUGAUCGCCCUGGACCACCAAUCAUUAGCUUCAGUGAUGCCUCGUUUGGUUAUCCUGGAGGGCCUAUUUUGUUUAAGAAUUUGAAUUUUGGUAUCGACCUCGACAGCCGCAUAGCAAUGGUUGGUGCUAAUGGCAUUGGCAAGUCCACUAUACUGAAAUUAAUAUCUGGAGAUCUGCAGCCAACUUCUGGAACAGUAUUCCGCUCCCCCAAGGUCCGCAUGGCUGUAUUCAAUCAACAUCAUGUUGAUGGGCUUGAUUUAACUGUGAAUCCCCUUCUGUACAUGAUGAGGUGCUAUCCGGGUGUACCUGAGCAGAAGUUGAGGUCACAUCUGGGUUCCUUUGGUGUUUCAGGAAAUCUUGCCCUCCAGCCUAUGUAUACUUUAUCAGGUGGUCAGAAGAGCAGGGUUGCAUUCGCCAAAAUCACCUUCAAGAAACCACACAUUAUACUUCUCGAUGAGCCUUCUAACCAUCUGGAUCUGGAUGCAGUUGAGGCACUCAUCCAAGGUUUACUGGUGUUCCAGGGAGGAGUGCUAAUGGUGAGUCACGACGAGCAUCUCAUCACCGGAAGCGUGGACGAGCUUUGGGUGGUGUCAGACGGCAGGGUGACCCCCUUCUCGGGCACGUUCAAGGAUUACAAGAAGAUGAUUAAAUAAACCGUAGAUUAGCACUGGAGAACGCCUCUUCCUCGCGCAAAGCCGCAAACGCUGAAGGAACGCAUAGUAAACCGAGCAACAGUUUUGAGUGGUAUCCAGUUUUUAUCCAUUGUACCAUUGUACUGAUGCGACAUGUACCCUUACCGUAGGUGAUGGCAUGCAUCGUCAUCAUAUACAGAGUACUUUGUAAUGUAUCAAGUUUGGAGUCUAAAAUAAAUGCAAGAGUUUUGAUGCGAUGCUGGUUA